AUGGUCUUCACUGUGCCCGCAACCUUGUUUGACAAAGACCCCAAGGAGAAAGAUGGCAAUGCAAUUGGAAAGAACAAGAAAGACAUGAUCUUCGAUGUUGUCGUUGCCAGUCAGUCUCAGUCGGAAUCCUUCAGAGCGAUGCUUGUAUGUGGUGACUUGAUGAGACGGAGUUCGAUCGCUACCGGACGGAUCGGUGGCAGUGUGGGCGAAGCGCUGUACAGUCUGCUGCGGCUGUUGAUGACGGAGUUGAGUACCAAGGCAGUGCCGGCGAUGUUGGAUGCGGAGGCUCGACCAGAUGGGCAUAUUGACAAGAAGUUCUUCUAA